CUGCGCAGUCUUUUCGUGCAUCAACCAAUUUUUGUCAUACCUAAUUAGAAACAAAACGAGUUCCAAUGACUGAUACGUUAUCUUACCGAUUCAAUAAAGCUAGUAUACGUGUGCAAGAAGUUGGCAUGACACCGUUGAACCUAGUUAUCAUAAGAAUGCUAAUUGUAAACGCUCACUUCUUUUAUCGUGCCCAUUUCUUGCACUGAUAAGAUUACGGCACUCAUAUGCCCGCACUGAGCGCCCCCUCACGAGUCUUGUAAAUAUUGAGUGAAAUAAGUUGUGUGGUGCUAAAGAAAGGUGAUAUUGUGGUGUGAAAUGUAGCAACCCAAGUGUGAUGGUGCAGUGUUUAUAUGUUCCAUUUUUCUCCUGGAAUGCUAAACCCGGAAUCAGUUCUAACCAUGCACAGCGUAAGGCCGUUAGAAGUCAGUCAGCCGCACAGGAAUCGCUCGUCGUCGUGGACUUCAAGGCGGCUGCUGAAUGGCUUAUCUAGGGCAGAGCCUAGAUUUUCCUUGCAGUAUGAGACUGAUGAGAACAGCUACCUACUUCGUCUGAAGAUCAUAGGGGCGUACUCAUUGGCAAAAAAGGAUAUAUUUGGUGCAAGCGACCCGUAUGUGCGAGUGGAGCUUCAAAAGGCCGACGGUGACGUCACCAUCGAGACGUUCCUCACCAAGACCAAGAAAAAGACAUUGAACCCAGUAUGGAAUCAGGAGUUUGUAUUCCGGGUGCGCCCCCAAGAGCACAAGCUCCUCAUCCAAGUGUUCGACGAGAACCGCCUGACCAGGGAUGACUUCCUGGGCAUGGUGGAGAUCCCCCUGGCCAGUGUCCCCGCCGAAAGCGCCGCCUCCGCCCGCCCCAACGUCGUUAAGUACUCGUUGCGUCCUCGCAGGUCUGUCGCUCGGUCCCGGGUGCGCGGCUACAUAGAAGUGUACCACGCACUAGUGGGCCGCGUGGGCGAGACGGGCACCGAGGAGCAGCCCACGCCGCCCGACGACUGGGAGCUCGUCGACCCCGCCCCACAGGUGGGCACCGUGCAGCCGGCGGCGACGGUCCCGUCGGGCGCGGGCGCAGACUGGGAGCUCAUCGACCCGGCCGAAGUCGCGCAUGUCACCAUCGGCGGGGACCCGCUACCGCCGGGCUGGGAGGAGCGGCAGGACGCCAACGGACGCACGUACUACGUCAACCACAACGAGCGCUCCACGCAGUGGGAGCGGCCCAACAUCAAUCUCACACGUAACAUGAGCACGGAGUCGCAGGCGGAGCGUAUGGAGACAGCGGUGACGGAGUUCCAGCGCCGCUUCCACAUCUCCGCCGACGAAGCCGCCAACAGUGCGCAAGCUGCCGACCAGAGACAGGAGGAUCUAAGCAAUAGGAGCGGCGAGACUAACUCCACAGACACGCCCUACGCCACGCCCGCGCGCUCGCCCGAUCUGCGAGCGCAUAGUAUAAGUAACGAAACCGACUGUGAUAGUAGUUUAAGGGGAGAGGACGACGACGUAGUGUGCGCUAACGAAACCGCGCGCUCCAACGACGCCCAGGUUGCUCAAGACAGCUGUGAUAACGAAGCGAGUACUAGUCAAGUUCCCACUGACACAGCUACAGAUAAAGAGGUAGACGCCAAUGACGUGCACGACGACGAAACUAAGCAAGACCAAGUUGAAACUCAAGACGAUAGUGUGGCAGAAACAAAUGAAGCUGAAGUAACAAAUGACGUCGUCGUUAACGGAACCGAAACAGAAGCUAGCGAAGUGGAAGCGAACGGAGAUGUGGAAACAAGUGAGCAUCGCAACGUUCCAGAAACGACGGUAACCGACGAUGUUGAAACAGACGAGCAUCGCGCAGCGGGAACAAUUGAAGUCGAGAACGGAGUGGAAUCGCAGGAGGGUGGAGAUGAUUCGAAUCAGGAUAUAGAGAUAGUGGACGCGGCGGAGGCCACGGAACAGUCGUUGACGUUCGACGAGAACCACUUCAGCACGCCGGUGGGCGGGCUCAGUCCGCGCGCGCGCCGUCGCACCACCAGCUCCCUGGAAGACUCCGAGGACGAGACUGACGGCUCGACAGAGAGCACACGGAGUAGCAGCGCCAGUAGCACUGGUAGCCAGAACCUGCCCAAUAGUGACGGUCUACCUCCCGGCUGGACCAUGCAGAGGGCACCUAACGGCAGAAUAUUCUUCAUCGACCACAACCAGAAGACCACCACGUGGAUAGAUCCGAGGACAGGCUGCGCGUCUCACCUGCCGUCGGCGGCGGCGGCGGCGAGUGCGGAGGCAGACGAGCUUGGCGCUUUGCCGGAGGGCUGGGAGGAGCGCGUGCAUACCGACGGGAGGAUAUUCUUCAUAGACCACAAUACAAGAACCACCCAAUGGGAAGACCCGCGGCUGUCCAACCCACAAAUCGCGGGCCCUGCUGUACCGUACUCGCGCGACUACAAACGCAAAUAUGAGUACCUCAAGAGCCAGCUGCGCAAGCCGAGCAACGUGCCCAACAAGUUCGAGAUCAAGGUGCGGCGGAACUCGAUCCUGGAGGACUCGUACCGCAUCAUCAGCUCCGUCGUGCGCCUCGACCUGCUCAAGACAAAGCUCUGGGUCGAGUUCGAGUCCGAGGUCGGCCUCGACUACGGCGGCCUGGCUCGCGAGUGGUUCUUCCUGCUGUCCAAGGAGAUGUUCAACCCGUACUAUGGGUUAUUCGAAUACUCGGCCAUGGACAACUACACGCUGCAGAUCAACCCUAACAGCGGCGUGUGCAACGAGGAGCACCUCAACUACUUCAAGUUCAUCGGCCGCGUGGCCGGCAUGGCGGUCUACCACGGCAAGCUGCUCGACGCAUUCUUCAUCCGUCCGUUCUACAAGAUGAUGUUGGGCAAGCAGAUCGAUCUCAACGACAUGGAGUCCGUCGACCUCGAGUACUACAACUCGCUUAUGUGGAUCAAGGAAAACGACCCAUCAGAACUGGACCUCACGUUCUCGGUAGACGAGGAGCAGUUCGGCAAGACCAUCCAAAGAGACCUCAAGCCGGGAGGCGCGAAUAUUUCCGUAGAUAACGAAAAUAAGGAUGAGUAUAUUAAACUAGUGAUCCAGUGGCGCUUCGUGAGCCGCGUUCAGGAGCAGAUGUUCGCGUUCCUGGAGGGUCUGGGCGCGCUGGUGCCGCUGCCGCUGCUGAAGAUCUUCGACGAGCACGAACUGGAGCUGCUGCUGUGCGGAAUCCAGCACAUCGACGUGCGCGACUGGCGCGCCAACACGCUAUACAAGGGCGACUACCACGCCAACCACCUUGUCGUGCAGUGGUUCUGGCGGGUGGUGCUAUCAUUCUCUAACGAGAUGCGCUCGCGCCUGCUACAGUUCGUAACAGGGACGUCUCGUGUUCCGAUGAACGGCUUCAAGGAGCUGUACGGCUCCAACGGCCCGCAGCUGUUCACCAUCGAGAAGUGGGGCAGCCCUGACAACUACCCUCGCGCGCACACCUGCUUCAACCGCAUAGAUUUACCUCCAUACGAGAGCUACCAGCAACUCCGAGAGAAACUCAUCAAGGCCAUCGAGGGCUCGCAGGGCUUCGCGGGCGUCGACUGAACCCCUCUCACACACACACGCGUCUCCCCCACACUGUGCAGUGGACACAAGCCUCCGUGUGCGUGCGCGGACCGGACUUUAUGCAGCUGACGCAAUGUGCCUCUUAUUGUAUGGGAAUAAUUGUUGUUGCUUGCUCACACCGAUCAUAUCUAUAUGUCAACACGAAAUUGUGAACUCCGUCAGUUUAUAAUAUAACGCGUGAGAUUGUAAACUAACAGUGGGUUAGGUUAGAUUGUAAUUUAACUACGUCAGAUUAUAAUCUGACGGAAUUCACAAUAUUACGGUGACAUACAUCUAAACUACCGCUGUGUGACCAUUCUUAAUCAAAGCUACAAAACUGUACGAUGUUUAGAACAGACCACAAACGGCAAAAUCUGUGUUAUAGUCUGUUUUUAUUUCGAGUAAUAACUGACUUUCGGUCUUUCAAUGAUUCGUAUUGGUUGGUUUUAAGGUUAAAUGUCAGUUACUAACCUCGAAUUAAAAACUAGACUAUACAAUAAAUUAUGUAUGUUGUUAUUUGGCAAACGAGUAUAGAAGUCGACACAGAAUUUGCUAGUUCUUCAUAACUAAAACUUCCUAUAAAUACGCUUUUACAGUAGAAUUUGCUGGUGUUAGUAGAAGCUACGCCACAUCCAUCCACAGAAGUGUUAACUACUAUGACUAUGAAUACGACGGUAGACAACGAAAAGGCAAUAUCAAUUUAGAAUGACUGAAGUGUUUGUGAGUGAGUGAAUGAAUGUAAACUGAACUUGUGAUAGGACCAUUUUAAUGUACUAAUAAAUAAAAUCUUUGCUAAAUAAAAUGAGCUGUCAAUAAAACUCGAGUGUAAUAAAUACACAGCGUGAUGGACUGCACUACUAUACUACGGUUAUUCAUGACUGAUGAUGAUGAUUUAUUGUUUUAUACUUUUUGGUCAAUCAGGCUAACAAUCGACCAUAAUUUUUGUCUGGAAAAGCUUCAGUUCACUAGAUUUUAUUAUCAUUAGUCAACUUGUGAAGUCAGGUUUAAAAAUAAAUAUUUAAAUUGCAAUAAAUUUGCAUUUGUUGAAUAAAAGAAUAACAUUCAUUUUAGAGUUCGAAAGAUAUAAGCAAAAUAUUUUCAUUACUAUGAUCAGUUUGACAAGCUAAGUAGAUUCUCGCUAGCAACGCAACUACCAUAGGAUGUAUUAAGGUAACCCUGUAUGUGAGAAAUCAUAAAAAAUUGCGACCUCUUUUAGAUCACUGAAUUUUGAAGUACAAACAAUCAGUCAAAAUUAAGUAAAGCUUACGAAGUCAGUAUGUCUGUUAAAACUUGAAACAUGAAAACUUUGAUAUAAAACAAAGAAAAUUUGGAAAAAUAGAUAGACAUUAAAUUAAUAAUUUUUCAUGAGGGCGGUGAAUGCUCAAGUGUGUGUGGUUCAGUAGCAUUGUAGUAUCGAGUGCCUAUACUUUUACGAGUACGUACGAGUACUUUCGUAGUAUCAUUACUAGUUUAUUCCUUGCUAUGCAAUGUUGAAGGUAUGUCUGUGUUUGAUAAAAACGAAAGAGAAAAAAAUAUCUGUUUUAGUUUAUUACAAGUUAAUCAAAAUAAGGAAACAAAUUCAUACAGCAAAUAAUAUGUCCUACACUAGGUAGAUUGAUAGCCCGUAUUCACAAACAUUACUAUGAGGUCUCACAGUGCCCGUGGACGCACAGGGUGACACACGAACCAAUCGCAGACCUCUAUUCAACGCUGUGCGUUUGAUUUGCUGCUUCACUUAAGCAAGCAUCGUUUGUGAAUACGGGCUUGAUAAUGUCUGGUAUACGAUCAUAAACCGGUCACGUAAUAAUUAUGACUUUUUUCAAUGGAUUUUAAAUAAAUUAAGAGUCCAGUGACUGUCACUUUUAAAAAAAAUAUAUGAAUCUUGACAUACAUCAGAAUUAAUAAAAGAAGUGUUCACAACUCACAGACAAAAAUAUAGGAAAAUUGUAUGUAAAUGUGACACGAGGACAUUAUAUGAACAUAACUUUUCAGACAUAUUGCAUCGUUAGUCGGCUAGCUUCACUAUUUGCCAUAAUAAAUUAGAUAAUCCUCUAUGUAUACUUGUUGUUUAUUGCUGUAUGAUGGUAGAAAAAGUACAAUGAAAAUAAUAUGUUUGUGGCAGAAAUUAUAAGGAUUUAUACUUCAGUCUAACAACAAAAUAUUCGUCAGACUUAUUUGAACUAAAUGUGAAAGAGCCCUUAGUGUUAGUUUCAAAUAAAUCAGUUCAUAGGCCCGUAUUAUCAAAUGAAUCCCAAAAGUCGAUCCAAACCCGAUUGGUUGUGGCCAAUCACAGGUUGCCUAUUAUUGCUGAAAGAUUUCAACUCUAACUUGGAUGGCGUUUUAUAAUAUGAGCCUUAGACUGACUCAACGAAAUAGGUACAUACAAACUGCUUCCUAUUGUGUGAAACUUAUGAAUUUAUCAUGAACUUAUGAAUUGGUGUCAUUUUAAAUUAGACAAUAAAUAUCGAGAAGUGUGACUAGUGUUCCUACCCCGACCCGCUAGCUAAACCACAUUUUCUUAGUCCGAUUAUGUGUGAAAGAGAUAUUUGAACUGUUGCCUUUAGAUCAAGUUUGUUAAAGUCUAGUUCUCGUAAAUCUUGAUGUAAUAACUUGAAUGAAUUGUAAUUAUAAUAUCAUUAGUUGAUGAUAUACUUUUUAUGAUGUGCCUUUAGAACAAAUAAUUAUUGUGUAACUUUGCACAGACAGUCAAGGACUGCGGAGGUCGUCAUUCUGUAGAAUUUGCCUGUUUGUGUUCCUCAAAAUUAGGACUCCUUUGUUAUUUAAUUUUAAUACGUCAUUCGUUGUCUAUUUAACUAUGUUCUAAACCUUGGAAUUGAAUUCGAUAGCUUUUAUUAUGUCAUCUAGACCGUCUAGAAAUUCUCCCAAUCUUCCUAAUCAUCAAGGAGUCCUAACUCAGUCCGUAUCCUGGCAGUGUCCUUUGUAAGAUUUGUCUACGACAUUUCUUAACUCUAAAAUUCAUGUUUUCUUUAAGCAAUUUUAGUGUGUAAACGGCGACGUAAGGUCCACUUUGUACGCUAGUACUAUUGUUAUCUAUUGCCAUUUCACGGUGAAGAAGCGUGUGUAUUGUAAUGUAGCUCGACAUCAUCAGAUGUGCCUGAUACUGAUAGGUCUGACACCAAGAUACGGCCAAUGAGGGCUAUCGUUUUUAUACUUAACAGUUGGCACCCCUGGCGAUUGACAGGACCUUACUCUACAGUGGCGCCAUCUUGAUGAGUGCAAAUGCGAUAGUCCUCCUACCACUUUCGCGCUCACCAGUUGGUGCCACUGUCUUCGCUACUAGCAAGUGACAGGACCUUACUCUACAGUGGCGCUAACUGGUGAGCGCUAAAACGAUAGCCCUCAUUUCUUUCAGUCCGCCAAAUCUUAAGUCAGAUUGGAUGGUUUUGUACGUUGAAGAUGCAUCAAAUGUAUUAAACAUUAUUAUUUAAUUUAUUCCACGUAUUAUUUGCUCUUUGGUAAUUUUAAAUCAAGUGAUAUAGCUGACAUUUUCGAAAAAUCUUUUCGUUGUAAUUUUUAACUUAAUGAAUUGUAAUUAAAAGAGUUGUUUGUCAGUGUGUUAUUAUUAUGAUUAUAUAUUUUUUAAAUUUUGCGUCCUGUAUACUUUAAUGAUCAGUCUGCUUUUGCUUAGUAUAAAAAUGAUAUUUUCGUAUUCAACGCAUUGUAUAUAAAUAUUAAUUAGUAUAAGGUGUAAAAAAUUGCUAAAUUAGGUUAUAAAAUUAAGAUUGUUUUCCAUGAAAUGGAACAAAAAUAAAAGAAAUUAUAUUAUUACGACGUGGAGCAAUUAUUUACACCCUGUAUUUAUUUACUUUUAACUUAUACGAAGUCAAUAAGAUACGUUUAUAAAAGGUUUACUUAAUUAUUUUGUAGUUAUUUUAGUUUGUACGCGGCGUAUUUUAGUUUUAACUAUGAGAGUGUUACUUUCAUAAUAGUUGGUACUGUGGAAUUGCGAUACAUAACGUAAAUAAUUGCUAUGGAGUUAUUAUCGGUGCUGACAUAGAAAAAGUUGUAGUCUUCUACUACUUUGUGGGUUAUUAUAAAUUGAUGUCACAAUUCUGUUCAAACUGCGUGCACCGCUUUAGGCGUCAGACCAACGAUUUGACAUGCCUUCCGAAACAUAGAACCGUAUAAAUUUUUUUGACUCACCCACUUUUGUGUCUCGUCUAUUAAUUGAAUCUAGACCAGUUGUAGUAAAAAAAACAUACGAAACACCUUCACCAAUUAGUCUUCGCUCAUUAAAUGUCACACUUUAGAUGUUUAUAUCGCUAUAGAAGGCCAAAAGAAAGUGUCGAUCGCCUUCGCAUCGAUCGAGGAAGCAAGUUAUCUCCCAAUAUGAACGUAAGAUGUGCUUUACGCAAAUGUCGACCUUGCCGCGAUGGUCACUAAACAUCAAUCAUCAUGUAGAAAAACAAUGUGGAAACACUGCACACAAAUUGCACAUAAAUACACUCGGUGUGAUAAUACAAACUAGGCACUCCUUCAUAGGCAAUAGUUUCAUUAACUGCUAUUUUCGAUUACAAGUAAUCAUGUACCUGGAACCGGAAAUGUAGCUGGAACCCAAAGUACUAAUGAAAUUAGUAAUUUCCAAUCUAAUUAGAAAUAAUAAUAAUUAAAUUUUUAAGAUAUAAUUAUC